GUCUCCCCACACUGCUGCUGGGGGGACUUUUUAACCUAGGCCUGUGCCUGUGUAUGGCCUUCAAUUGAAGCUGCUUCCGCUCCGCCACUCUGCCAUUGGACUCUUGAUAGUCGUCUCCCCACACUGCUGCUGGGGGGACUUUUUAACAUAGGCCUCUGUAUGGCCUUCAAUUUAAGCUGCUUACGCUUCGCCACUCUGCCAUGGGCCCCUGUACCGCCUCCUCUUGCUGCUGCCAGGUCCAGAGUGUGUCAUGGGUCCCUGUACGGCCUCCCAUUGCUGCUGACUUCAUCGCCAGACUCUGCCAUGUGCCACUUUCAGGUCUCCUUACACUGUUGGUGGGUUCCAUUUUGUGAUAGGGUGCUG